ACAUUUGAUUGGGAUAUGCUCCGAGAAAACGAGAAACAGUCCGUACACAUUCGCUGAAAACCACAGCGAACGGUAGUGUCUCCAGCAAUUUCUGCAUCUACUCUACCUCAUCUCCUUUUGGAACAACAGAGAUGACCUUCCGAGAGACUCCGAAUGUGUUGUUGCCUAGAUUUUCCAACAGCUAGUUCUAUUCAAAUAGUCCUCAACCACUUCCUUAUUUAUUGUUCGAUGAUAUUCGUGAAUAUUCAGUUGAAUUGAACGCUUUGAAACGUCUUUGGGGAAAAACAUUAUUAUAUUACACGAGACAAAUAGAUUUUAAUUAUGAUUGUCACGCAUACGCUACAAUGGGCGGAUUACGUGGUAAUUGCGGUGAUGUUGGCGAUAAGCAUCAGCAUAGGGCUGUACUACAGAUGCACUGGAGGAAAACAGAAGACGGUGGAGGAAUACUUCUCGGCGAAUCGAUCGAUGGGCAUUCUCCCAGUAGGAAUAGCCCUCAUGGUGUCGUUCAUGUCAGCAAUAACACUGCUGGGAGUAUCGUCCGAGAAUUAUGUUUACGGAACGCAAUUCGUUGUGAUCAAUUUAUCGUACUUGCUGGGGACGCCUAUCGUUUGCUACGGUUUCCUACCGGUUUUUUAUAAGCUGCAGGGGACCAGUGUCUACGAGUACCUGGAGAAACGUUUUGGAACAUCAACACGAGUCCUAGCGAGUUUCGUCCUGUGGAUUCAGCUGCUGUUGUAUUCAGGAGUGGUACUGUACGCUCCAGCAAUAGCAUUCGAGACAACGACUGGUCUCUCGAAAACCACGAGUAUUCUGAUAGUGGGUUUGGCCUGCGCCUUUUACUCCAGCAUCGGGGGAAUCAAAGCUGUCCUGAUCACCGACGUUUUCCAGGCUAUGCUCAUGUUUGCAUCGCUACUCCUAGUCAUUUUCACAGCCUCCAGUGAUAUCGGUGGCUUUGGAAGAAUUUGGGAAAUAGCUCAGGAAAGGGGCAGAAUAGAAUUCGACAACAUUUCCUUGAAUCCAACGACAAGACACACGUGGUGGAGCCUUGUAAUAGGUGGUGGUUGUACGUUCCUGUCCCUCUACGGGGUCAAUCAAGUUCAAGUACAGCGAUUACUGACUGUCAGGAGCUUGAAGAGUGCAAGAGCAGCCCUGUGGAUCAACUGGCCUAUUCUCACUGCCUUGUCCAUCAUAACUUGCUUCUCAGGCCUAGCUAUAUUCAGCAAAUACCGCGAUUGCGAUCCCAUUAAGGAUAAAAAAAUAACACCCGAUAUGCUGAUGCCCUAUUACGUUAUGGAUACCAUGUCAGAGUGGCCUGGAGUUCCUGGAUUAUUCAUUGCGGGAAUAUUUAGUGCUGGUCUGAGCACCAUCUCCGCUGCCCUGAAUUCUCUAUCAGCAAUAACACUGGAGGACUACGUCAAGCCCUUGUACUUCACGUGUACAGGCAAUGACCUGAGCCCUCAAAAGAGCCUAAUUUUGAGUAAAUUCCUGGCAUUUUUCAUUGGACUGGCGUCUAUCGCGUUGGCAUUCAUUGCCCAGUACCUGGGGGGUGUUCUCCAGGCGAGUUUAACCGUAUUCGGAGUCGUUGGAGGUCCUCUCCUGGGUCUGUUCACCCUAGGAAUGCUGUGUGAAUCGGCAACUCAACGGGGUGCUAUCACAGGUGCCAGUGUUGCCCUGGCAUUUCUCCUCUGGAUCGCCUUCGGAGGGCCACGUCCGGUGCCUCCCAAGCUGCCGACCUCCACGGCUAUGUGUAACGUGAAGGUCUCCCUUCAGAAUACCAUUCUUGCGAUGACGCAGACCAUUGGGGCCAAUCAGAACCUGACGACUCCUGUCAAUCAACCGGAGGUGGAGCAAUACUUUUAUUUGUACCGAAUCUCGUACAUGUGGUACGCACCCCUGGGACUGCUGAUCACUGUGGGGUUGGGGUGGGCGGCUAGUCACGUCUACAGGUGGUUCAGCAGUCAGGAGGAAAUGUACGUGGAUCCUAAUUUAUUUUUUCCUUGCGUUGCUAGGAGGAUCAAGGAGAGACAGGAGACUGAUGUCGAUAUUCGGGGCAUUCCUGGGAGCAUAUACCCUAAGAACUAUUCGUUCAAUCUCAGUGAGCCACCUAUUAUGGAGAAAAAUACCACGAAUAUUUAAUUAGUGAUUUGAGUUUGGUAGUAGAUAAUUCUUCAAGAAAUUGCGUAUUUUUUAUUUUAAUAAUUCGCAGGUUUUGAGUGGAUUCAGUAAUUUUUGAGAAUGAAUCAUUUUUGAGAUGAUGUGAUGCAGAAAUUGAAAGGAGUUUCAAUUUAAGCCGUCUCUUGGGAUAGGCAUGCUCGUCCAUACUUAAUGAUACCGCUAUCACGACCAAUAAUUUCACAAAUAUUGAAUUCACCACUGAAACUUAUCAUUGUAUAACGAUUUAAUUGUGGCAAUUUAAUUGAAUGAUAGAAUUUAAUUGGAAUGAAUAGAAUAGUUGAAUAUUCAUGAUUAGUUCAGCGAAAUGAUGUGGUCUCAAAAUUGCUGUAGGGAAUCAUCCACCCACGCUGGAGACGCAGAGCUCGAUUUUUUUUAUGUUUAAUUGUUAAGAGUUUAUUUUCGAUUAUUCAGCAUUACUUUUUUAUGUCUAUCUCAUGUCGAGCUCGAGGGAAAAUAGGCAUAAGUGGUAUCAAGAUGUAUUUUUAGAUAUUAUUCUAAUCCCGCUGUGAUGGAAAUUUUUUGCGGUGCGAAUCCCUUUAUUGGGUACUUGGGUGUUAAUCUGGGGCCAUCGUUGAUCAUAAAAGUGGGGAAAAAAGCUAUAGAAAACUUGUUAUUUUUUCUGUUAUGCCAGAAUUCUGUUAUGAAUUUUCAUUUAGAUUUUUAUUGGGAUUUCAUGCUAUUUUGAAUGGAUAUUUAGUACAAAUGACAAUUAUAUUAUCUAGAGAGUCUCGAAUAUAAUUUUUCUAAAUUUCUCACCUGAUUUUCCCGGUUCAGAAAUAGGGAAAAUCCCGACAAUGUUUAGAAAAUUCACACUCAAGACUUUCUAUCGAAAUAAUCGCAAAAAAAAUCAUAUUAUCAUUUAAUGUGUAAUAUUUUCUAUUAAAUAUCUGUCAAAAGAUUCCCGAGGCUGCGAAAAUAGAGAACCAUCACAGUAUUCUAGCGAAUUUCAAUAUUUUUCUAUUGAAUUAUUUCACAUUUGUAAUUAUGAAUUAGAGACACAUGAAUGGAUAAAUGAUAAUGAAUGAUAGCUCAAAAAGUAUCAGGUUGUACAGUAAAAAUUGUGGUGCUGGAUCUCAGGACAAUAAUACGUAUUUUUGCAGUGGAGAUCGCGAUUCGUCUUCCAAUGAAGAAAAACCUAAAAUGUUGAAAAAUCAAUGUACCUUGUUGUUUACUUAAAUUCCCUUGCAUUCCAAGUUUGUCUCAGUAACUGCCGAUUUUUAAAUAUGUCAGUACAGCGCUUAAUACUAGUUUUAGAUUUUUUAUCAUCACGAAACUAUUUUUUACACCAAACAUCACUUUUCGGGAAUUUUAGUCGAAUAAUCCCCUACGUUAUAUGCAGGACAUAUCACAGAUUAUUAUCAAAUGUAUUUUUACUGUAGAAAAAUUAUAGCAUUUGUAUUUUUGAAUGAAUUUCGAAUGGAUUGUGUCGUCGAAAAUCCGAGUAGUUGUAAAAGAAUUUUCGUUCUCAAACAAAAAGUGGAAAAAUUACAUGAACAUGGGCUGUACUUUUUGAAGGUUCGCAGACAAUUAAAUCGGAAAAUCCCACGAAAAAAUAAUUUAUUCAACGUCCCCAGCCAGAACGUAAAAUAAAUUUCGUUACCCAAUCAACCCGCUGGGCAAUAGAGGAAAAUCUGGGUCAGUAAAAAUGUCCGAUUAAUUUGUUUGUGAAUUAAUACGGUGUGUGAGUCAUUGUGUAUGAAUGAAUUAAUUACUAUUGUUGAUUUUUAAUAGCUCAAAGAAUAUAGAGAAUGUUGUGUUGUUAAAUGAAAUACAGUAUUUAUAUCUACAAUUGA